GCCAAUCAGAAGCGCUUGCGCAAUUUCAAGGUCACGGAGCCAAGUUCAACACGCGCAGGUAACAUACGAUCGGUUCACAGCGGAUUUUGGAGAGUAGGUGAUUAAUGAGAAGUUACAACAGAUAAGACGAUACCCCAGAUGACAUAAUUUUCAUGAUCAGUCUUACGCCUUCCUAUCGGAUUUUUUAGAAUAGAAAAGAUUAAAAGAAAACUCAUCGGCAGUCUGAACUCGUAGGUGAACGAGUUUUUCUAGAGCUUGUCGGAUUUGCAUUGAAAGUAUAACAUGGUGGAUGCGGAAUUCAAACGAAAACUAAAUGAAAUUCGUGAGAAAGUAGAAGAUCUUUUUGAUUUUGAAGGAUGUAAAGUUGGUCGUGGAACAUAUGGAAGUGUUUAUAAAGCUAAACUUAAAGAUGGUACAGACAGUAGAGAUUAUGCGUUAAAACAAAUCGAAGGCACUGGCUUAUCUAUGUCUGCGUGCCGAGAAAUAGCUCUUCUUCGUGAGUUAAAGCAUCCAAAUGUAAUUACUCUACAACGAGUUUUUCUGAAUCAUACAACUAGGCGAGUAUGGUUGCUAUUCGACUUUGCAGAACAUGAUCUUUGGCAUAUCAUAAAAUUUCAUAGAACAACUAAAGCAAAUAAAAGUACAGUUCAAGUCUAUGGCAAUAUGGUCAAAAGUUUAAUGUAUCAAAUAUUAAAUGGAAUCCAUUAUUUACAUGACAAUUGGAUUUUACAUCGUGAUUUGAAACCUGCAAACAUCUUAGUUAUGGGUGAAGGUCCUGAUCGAGGUCGAGUUAAAAUAGGUGAUUUAGGUUUUGCUCGUCUAUUUUAUCAACCACUGAAGCCAUUAGCUGAUUUGGAUCCAGUUGUUGUAACAUUUUGGUAUCGUGCACCAGAAUUGCUGCUUGGAGCUAGACAUUAUACGAAAGCUAUUGAUAUAUGGGCUAUUGGAUGUAUUUUUGCAGAAUUACUCACAUAUGAACCUAUAUUUCAUUGUCGUCAAGAAGAUAUUAAAACAAGUACACCAUAUCACAAAGAACAGCUGGAACGUAUUUUUCGUGUAAUGGGAUAUCCACCAGAUGAUGCUUGGGUUGAUAUGAAAAAAAUGCCAGACUAUCAUCAAUUAUUACGUGAUUCCAUAAGUAAGAAAACCUAUGGUAAAUAUUCACUGGAAGGUUAUUUUGAAGAGAAAAAAUUCAAAGUGGAUGAAAGAGAAUUAGCUUUGCUCAGACGUUUGUUAACUAUGGAUCCCGUUAAACGUUUAUCUGCUGCUGAGGCUAUGGAAGAUUCUUACUUCAAAGAAGGUGAAAAACCAAAUAAUGAUGUUUUUGGAAAUUUACCUAUACCUUAUCCUAAACGAGAAUUUAUCUCUGAUGAUGAUUCUGAUGAUAAACAAACUGGUGCAGAUAAAAAUGUCACACAAACUGGACAACAACCAAACGCUACUGGAGGAAGACAAACUACAGCACAUCCUACUGGUGGCAGUGGAAUACAUACUACACAUCCUCAGCAACAAUCUCAACAACAACAACAGCGUGGAAAUAAUGCUCCACAACCCCAGUUGCCAUUGCCUCAGCAACAACAGAGAACAAAUGGACAGCCACCGCCACUGAAUACACAGCAACAGCAACAACACAUGAACUCUGGUCAAUCUAAUCCCCAUACAAGACAAUUAAUUCAUCAACAGAAUAAUAAUGAUGAUAUACCAUCUAAUAAGCGUAUUCGGUUAUCCCAGGGGAAUAAUGAAACACCGAUCGCACCACCGCCAUUACCAUCCUCCUCGACAACAUCAUCAUCUACAACAGUUAAUACUAGUGGAAUCUUACAUACAAACACAAAUAAACCCAGUAUAACAGGACAGUCUCAACAGUUAUCUAAUCCCACUACUACUACUACUACCACUUCAGGUUAUGCGAAUCUGCAACAACAACCAAUGAGAAAUCUCCCACCUGGUCAUAUGGGGCAUCCGGGAACUUCUUAUCCACGCUAUCACCACUAGCAAUCACAAUUCUUCGUGGAUUACUUUUUUGUAUAUAUUAAUAUUUUCUCACCAUUUUCAUAGUUCUGUGGCCAAUGUUUUUGUUUUUCGACACAUUUUUGUACAAUGAUUGUAGUAAAAAUAUACAGGUGUCCCAGU